AUGUUCAUUUUGAUUUUUCUCUUCUUGCUCCUGAACAGCCCACUUCUUGUGUCCAGUAUCAUCCAUCCCAAGUGCUUUUGGAGAAUGAAGCAGAAUAAUGACAAGAUAGGUUGUAUCUUCUUCCUUUUCAGCGAGCAGGGGCCUGUGGAGAAGGAUUAUUUCAACAACAUUCUGAAUAGAAACAUACCAACUGAAAACAACAAGUUUCCAUUGGCCUUAACUUUUUCCAUGGAUGAAGUCAAUAGGAACCCUGAUCUUUUGCCAAACAUGUCAUUAAUAUUUCAGUGGCCCAGAAGUGGUUGUAGGACUGUGUCAUCAUUAUACAGUUUCAUGCCUUUAUCUGAAAAAAAACAAUAUAAAUCUCCUAAUUAUGAAUGUAAAGAAAAGAUUAUGUGUAUAAUGAUACUGACUGGACCAAGCUGGGAAACAUCUGUGAUGAUUGGGACAUUGCUUGAGCACUACGGAUCUCGACAGAUACUUCAGCUUACCUUUGGACCUUUCCAAACCAUCCUGAGUGAUCAUGAUAGAUUUCCCUAUCUAUAUCAGAUGGCCCCCAAGGACACAGCUCUACCCCUGGCAAUGGUCUCUUUGAUGCUUCACUUCAACUGGAACUGGAUUGGACUGGCCAUCUCUGACAGCGAUCAGGGUACACAAUUUCUCUCACAUUUGAGAACAGAGAUGGAAAAACAUAAAGUCUGCUUUGCUUUUGUGAGCAUAAUCCCAGUCAAUACACAUUUAUACAUGUCAAGAGCUGAAGUAUAUUAUAACCAAAUCAUAACAUCAUCUGCAAAUGUAGUUAUCAUUUUUGGUGAUGCAGACAGUACUCUAGCUGUGAGCUUUAGAAAGUGGGAAUCCCUAGGUAUACAGAGAAUAUGGUUGACUACCUCACAAUGGGAUGUCACUACAAGUAAGAGAGACUCCACAGUUGGAUCAUCCCAUGGGACAUUAUCUUUUGCACACCACCAUUCUGAGAUUUCUGGUUUUAAAGCUUUUGUUCAGACAUUGAACCCUCUGAAAUACACAGUUGAAUACCUUGCAAGGCUGGGAUGGAUGAACUUUAACUGUGAAGUCUCAGCUUCUAAGUGUAAGACACUGAAGAAUUGUUCAUCCAAUGCCUCAUCACAGUGGCUAAUGGGACAGACUUUUGACAUGGCCUUUAGUGAGGACAGUUAUGACAUAUAUAAUGCUGUGUAUACUGUGGCCCAUGCUGUCCAUGAGAUGCUUCUUCAACAUGUGGAUUACGGGAAUGUACACCAUGGUAACUGCUUGAAGCUGCACUCCUUUCUGAGGAAGACUCACUUCACUAAUCCUGUUGGAGAGAAAGUGAAUAUGAACCAGAGAGAAAACCUGCAGGCAGAGUAUGACAUUUUCCAGAUUUGGAAUUUCCCAAAUGGAUUUGGAUUUAAGGUGAAGAUAGGAGAGUUUAGUCCAUAUUUUCCAAAGGGUCAUCAGCUCCAUUUAUAUGAUGAUGUGAUAGAGUGGUCCAUAGGAAGUAGACAGAUGCCACCCUCUGUGUGCAGUGCUGAUUGUGGUCCUGGUCUGAAGAAAUUCUUGCGGGAGGGAAGUGCAGCCUGCUGUUUUGAUUGCAUACUGUGCCCAGAAAAUGAAGUUUCUAAUGAGACAAAUGUGGAAAAGUGUGUGAGGUGUCCAGAGGAGCAGUAUGCCAACAGAGAGCACAACCAGUGCAUUCACAAAGCUGUGAUCUUUUUGAACUACAAAGAUCCCUUGGGGAUGACUCUUGCCUCAAUGGCACUGUGCUUCUCUGCAUUCACAGUUCUUGUUCUUGGGGUCUUUGUCAAGCACCAUGACACUCCCAUUGUGAAGGCCAAUAACCAGAAUCUUAGUUACAUAUUGCUCAUCUCACUCACGUUUUGUUUCUUGUGCUCCUUGCUCUUCAUUGGCCAGCCCAAUUCAGCUACCUGCAUCUUGCAACAAAUCACAUUUGGGGUUGUAUUCACUGUGGCUGUUUCCACUGUGUUGGCCAAAACAGUGACUGUGCUUUUGGCUUUCAUAGUCACAGCCCCUGGAAGGAUGAGGUUCUUCAUGGUUUCAAGGACACCCAACUAUAUCAUUGUCAUUUGUACCCUCAUCCAAGUCAUUCUCUGUGCAAUCUGGCUGCUAGUUUCUCCCCCCUUUAUUGACACUGAUGCACACUCUGAGCGUGGCCAAAUCAUCAUUGUGUGCAACAAAGGCUCAGUUACUGCAUUCUACUGUGUCUUGGGAUACCAUGGCUUCCUUGCCUUAGGGAGCUUCAUUGUGGCUUUCUUGGCCAGGAAUCUCCCUGACAAAUUCAAUGAAGCCAAAUUUCUGACCUUCAGCAUGCUGUUGUUCUGCAGUGUCUGGGUCACUUUUCUCCCUGUCUACCAUAGCACCAAGGGCAAGGUCAUGGUGGUAGUGGAGGUCUUCUCCAUUUUGUCCUCAAGUGCAGGUCUGCUGGGAUGCAUCUUUAUUCCUAAGUGCUAUAUAAUUUUGUUCCAACCAGAGAGAAAUUCUCUUUCAAAGUUAAGGGAGAAAACAUCUUCCUGA